GAAAAAAAAACAACCGCAUAAAUUCACUACCCGGACAAUGUACCACUUGGGUCAGGUUUUUCUGGCUAGUGUUCUUAUUCUUUUCACAGUUCGAUGCACUGCUGACGAACUGGAACUCGUGUACCAAUGGAACCAGCUAAAAUCCGGCUUAGAAACGGUCGAUAUAUUCUUUGAUGCAAAUUCGCCAGUUUCGAGAGACAAUGAACAGUUCAAUGCUUAUGGAAAUUUACCGAUGGGUGUGAGUCAUCACAAAGGUCGUCUGUUCGUAACGAUACCCAGGAGACGCCCGGGCAUUCCAGCAACGCUGAAUGUAAUUGACAUGAGCAAAACUAAAGGCACGAAUAACCCUCCCAUGGAGGCAUAUCCGAAUUAUUUAGUCAAUAAGUUGCAUUCCGAUUACUCAGCUGAUCCCCGACAUAUCAUCUCGGUCUAUCGUACUAAGGUGGACAUAUGCGAUCGCUUGUGGUUCGUAGAUACCGGAUACUUGGAAUAUCCCGAUAAUCCACGACAAGUUCAGCGACCAGCUCUUUGGAUUAUGGACCUGAACACGAACCGUCGUAUUCAGAAAUUUCAAAUUCCGAAGGAUAUCGUGGAGUUGGGCUACGGAAUACCGAGCAUUACAGUCGACGUUGAACCAGACCGAUGUGACGAAGCGUACGCUUACAUUCCGGAUUAUGAACACCAAAAUUUAUAUGUCUAUGAUUUCGCAAAAAACCGUAUGUGGCGUUUUGAGCAUAGCUUCUUUUCGUUCGAACCACGCUACGGGCAAUUAAACGUGGCUGGAUUGCAAUUUAUCUGGAAUGAUGCUGUGUUUUCGCUGACGAUUGGAAGACGGGAUGUCGAGACCGGAGUUCGACCGGUUUACAUGCAUGCGAUGGCAUCGAUUAGUGAAAUUGUUGUGCCGAAUAGUGUUUUGAAGAAUGAGACGUUGGCAGGUUCGAGUGCCAAUUAUAAUACACUGUUCAGACAUUUGGGUUCGAGGGGCCCAAAUACGCAAUCUUCUAUACAUGCUUUCGACGAAAAAACGGGAGUUUUGUUCUAUGCCGAAGUCAACCGCAAUGCCAUCGGAUGCUGGAACAGUGCCAUGGAAUUUAACCCGGAUAACCAUGGCAUCGUGCAUUUGGACAACAAAGAGAUGAUCUACCCAGCGGAUGUUACGAUCGAUAACGACGGCAUGUUGUGGGUCAUCUCCAACCGGCUGCCAAUCUGGAUUUAUUCGAAGCUGGACGUGAAUGAUUUCAACUACCGAAUCUGGCGACAGCUUCCGGAAAGGGCCAUCAACGGUACCAUUUGCAUGUAAACGGCCAAACCAACCAGAUAGACGGUGAAUACAGGUUCAAUAAAACUAAAGGCUUUCUUUUGUGUUCUAACCUAUGUGAAAAGCGGAGUUUUUACUAAUGAGUCACAAUUAUAAUUCCAUGCAUUUAGAAAAA